AUGAAGUCCCCAGACCCACCCGAGCCCCCCGAGGAGCCAUCAGACAAACAAGGGUCUGAAGCGGGAGGGCUUCAAGGUGAGACGGAGCGGCACGUGAGCUUCACGUCCGAACCUGCGGUCGUUCUGUAUCGGCCAGAAGUUGGCGGCUUGCAGGGCCCCGAGUUGCAGACCGAGGCCGAAGGGCAGACCGAGGCCGAAGGGGAUUGUGACAAGGUGGAGCUGACGGUCCCAUCCCAAUGCCGGCCGGGGGAUGUGCUGACCGUACGCACCUACGGUUCAGCGAUGGAGUUGACAGUGCCCGAGGGCUGCAGGCCGGGUGACGUCCUGGAGGUGAAUUUGCCAAGGGAAGGGGAAGGGAGCCUGGCGGAGGGGAGCCCCGAGGGGAGUCCGGAGGAGAGUCCCGAGCAGAGCCUGGAGGAGGAGGAGCCGCCCGCACCGGUCCUUCUUGCACUGCUCGAUGGCAAGGCUGAGGAAGAGCCGGUCUUCCUGGCUGAGAGCAGCGCCGAGCAGGCCCAGCAGGCUGAAGAUGCCAAGGCAGGCGAGGGAAAAACCACUUCUGAGGAACCAGAAGCCGAGCUUUCCCAGGCUCCAACCGAGCUGCCAAGCGAGCCUGAAGUGGAAGAGCGCCCAGAACUGCAGCCUGAGCCAGAGCUCAUGGAAGCGACACCUGAAUCCUGUCAGUCAGUGCCGGAUCAAGAAACAGAAGCCUUGUCAGCAAAAGUGACAGAGCUUGAGGCUCGCAACGCAGAGCUGCAGGAAACCAUAUUCAAACUGGAGCGCGAGAAGAAGUUCCUGUCGAGCUCGCUUACAGCUUCAUUGACUACAUCCUACGCAAAAAGCCAGGUCUACCUGGGCAAGCACACAAAAGAUGAGGCCAGAAGGCGCGGGCAACAAGCAAGCGAACGGAAGCAGGCAUAUGUCCAGACGGAGCCAGCCCGUCCAGCUUGGGGAGGCAUUCAGGCCAUGGGAAACAUGGAUUUGGCACCGAGCGCGCCGACAUUGCCAGAGCUGCCGCCGACUUUGCCGAAUGCGAGAGCACCACACCUGGAGGACUGGGAGAAAGAUGAUGCGAGCAUUGCAACUUUAAAGCUGGCAGUGUUGACCCUCAAGCAGCAGAAGGAGGACUUGCGCCAAAAGCUUGCUGCAACGCAAAAAGAAAAGAUUAGGCUGGAACUUCAGGAACGAAAUUCUGUUCAGCUUGAAGCCUAUGCGCACGCCUUGCUAUCCCUGAAGACGGAGAAUGCAGAGCUCAGGGAGAUAGCUUUGCAGGUGCUGAGGGGGAAGGAUGCGAGUCCGAAGGAACACAAGGUGCAGGUGCCGGGAGUCGCCGUCAAGGCCCGCAACAAGAUUUCCCAGAGCAGGCAAGAUCCGCUGGAUGUGUUUUUUUGUCACUAUGAUCUGUGGCCAGUCGCUGAGAGGCCAAAGUCUGCGGAAGCUGCUUGCUCCCCAGCUUUGGAGGAGACUUAG